GGCUCCAUAAAGAUGCAGAAGGGAGUUUGGCUGCUGAGCGUGUUCACAGUAGCUGGGAUCGCGCCGACCACUGAGAGCCGGAAACCUGCCAAAGACAUUUGCAGCAAGAGCCGUUGCCCUUGUGAGGAGAAGGAGAACGUGCUGAAUAUUAAUUGCGAAAACAAGGGAUUUACCACGGUCGGCCUCCUCCUGCCUCCCCCGUCCAAGAUAUACCAACUCUUUCUCAAUGGGAAUGCGUUUGCCCGACUCUACCCCAACGAAUUUGUCAACUACUCCAAUGCCGUGACGCUCCACUUGGGUUACAACGACAUGGAAGAGAUUCGAACUGGGGCCUUCCUGGGCCUUCGGAUUCUUAAGAGGUUGCACCUCAACAACAACAAGCUGGAGAUCUUACGGGAGGAGACCUUCCUAGGCUUAGAGAGCCUGGAGUAUCUCCAGGCUGACUACAACUACAUCACCGCCAUUGAGGCAGGGGCUUUCAGCAAACUCAACAAGCUGAAGGUGUUGAUCCUCAACGACAACCUGUUGUUAUCCCUCCCUAGCAACGUGUUUCGUUUUGUCCUCCUGACCCACCUGGACCUUAGAGGGAACCGGCUAAAAAUGAUGCCUUUUGCUGGCGUCUUGGAGCACAUCGGAGGAAUUAUGGAAAUCCAGCUGGAGGAGAACCCAUGGAACUGUACUUGUGAUCUUCUGCCUCUCAAAGCUUGGCUAGACACCAUCACAGUCUUUGUUGGGGAGAUUGUGUGCGAGACCCCUUUCAGGUUGCAUGGCAAAGAUGUCACCCAACUGACCAGGCAGGAUCUCUGCCCUCGAAAAACUGUGGGUGAUUCCAACCCAAGGGAGAAAUACCCUUCCCACUCAGACACACACAUCCAGAGACUCCCCCCAACAGUUAACUCUGCGGUUGGGGCCACCAGGGCUCCCAAAGCCAGCCGCCCACCCAAAACCAGGAACCGUCCCACCCCACGGGUCACCGUGUCUAAAGACAGGCAGAUUUUUGGGCCCAUCAUGGUUUAUCAAACCAAAUCUCCCGUGCCCCUAACUUGCCCAAAUCUUUGUGCUUGCACUUCACAAAGUUCUGACAAUGGGUUGAACAUCAACUGCCAGGAGAAAAGAAUUGGCAACAUCUCCGAUCUCCACCCCAAACCCACCAGUCCAAAGAAACUCUAUUUGACAAGCAACUACUUGCAAACAAUCUAUAAAAGUGAUCUUGUGGACUAUCCGUCACUGGACUUAUUGCAUUUGGGAAACAAUAGGAUUGCUGUGAUCCAAGAAGGUGCCUUUUCUAAUCUCACCAGUUUACGCCGGCUUUAUCUCAAUGGUAACUACCUUGAGGUCUUGUAUCCUUCCAUGUUUGAAGGGCUCCACAGCUUACAGUAUCUCUAUUUAGAGUAUAAUGUGAUUAAAGAGAUCCUGCCACGCACCUUUGAUGUGUUGGGCAAUCUUCACCUCCUCUUUUUGAACAACAAUCUCUUGAGGUCCCUGCCGGACAAUGUCUUUGGAGGCACCACUUUAACUAGACUCAACCUGAGGAACAACCAUUUCUCGUAUCUUCCCGUGCAAGGUGUCCUUGACCAGCUUUCAGCCCUAAUUCAAAUCGACCUACAAGAAAACCCUUGGGACUGUACUUGUGAUAUCAUGGGGUUGAGAUACUGGAUAGAACAAGUCACCGAGAAAAACAACCAGCAGUCGGGAAGUCCCGUGGUAGUCAACGAAGUGAUCUGUGACUCUCCCGCCAAGCACGCUGGAGAACAUCUCAAGACCUUGAGCAAAGAAGCCAUCUGCCCCGAGAAUCUCUUCGAUUCUUCUCUCUUGUCCCUCAAUCUGAACACCGAUACGCCAUCAGCCUUCAGCAUCUUCCCCAGCGCCUUUCCGGAAAUGCGGAUGGAAGUCCCCCUCUCCGUCUUAAUUUUGGGCCUUCUGGUGGUCUUUAUUUUGUCGGUCUGCUUUGGGGCUGGGCUCUUUGUCUUUGUUCUCAAACGCCGUAAGGGGUUGCCAAGCCUGCCCAGCAGUACCAACAACCUGGACGUCAGUUCCUUCCAACUGCAGUAUGGCUGCUACAACAGCGAGGCCCACGAGAAAGCGGAAGGCCAUGUCUAUAAUUACAUCCCUCCUCCCGUUGGCGAGAUGUGCCAGAAUCCUAUCUAUAUGCAGAAGGAAGGGGACCCCGUUGCUUACUACCGGAAUCUCCAUGAAUUUAGCUACAGCAAUCUGGAGCCGAAGAAGGACGAGUCUACCAGCUUCGCCUUUACCAUCAGCGCGGCAGACAUGCUGGAGAAGCAACCCUUUUCGAGAGAGCCGGAACUGUUGUAUCAAAACCUGGUGGAGAGGGUGAAGGAACUGCCCAGCGGAAGCAUGGUCCAAUAUAAUUUCUGUACCCUCCCCAAAAGGCAGUUCGCUCCUUCCUACGAGUCCAGGCGACAAAACCAAGACAGGCUCAAUAAAACAGUUUUGUACGGGACGCCGAGGAAGUAUUUUACGGAACUGUCCAAACCCGAUCUCCCUUUGCUGCAAGGGAAGUUGCAGGCGGAACCGGAUUACCUCGAAGUGUUGGAAAAACAAACUGCCAUUAGUCAGCUGUGA